AUGUCCGGUCUCCACCGGACGCGUCUCCCGCCGCCGCCGGGCCACUCGCAGAGCGCCACGUGGCCCCGGCCACCGCGCGCCGCCGUCGGCCCGCCAGGCCCGGGGCGGGCCCCCGAAGCCCAUCCGGCCGCCGCCGCUCGAGGCGCCCCGCGCCGCCGCCCGAGAGCACGCGCGUCUCCCGCCGCCGCCGGGCCACUCGCAGAGCGCCACGUGGCCCCGGCCACCGCGCGCCGCCGUCGGCCCGCCAGGCCCGGGGCGGGCCCCCGAAGCCCAUCCGGCCGCCGCCGCUCGAGGCGCCCCGCGCCGCCGCCCGAGAGCACGCGCGUCUCCCGCCGCCGCCCGCCGGCCACCGCGCCUCCCGCCGGCCGCCCGUCAUCGCCGAGCAGCCCCGCUACCGCUCCGGCAGGAGUUCGCUGGAGCCCAAGCUCCUCCCGCCUCGCCCUUCGCUGCCAGGUCCCGUCCCCGCCGCCGGCGUCACGUCUCCACGCCGACCCUGCGCGCCUCCGCCACCUCGCCGGAUCCCCCCCGCCGCACGCCGACCCCGUCGCCGGAUCCGCCGCCCUCUACCGCUAG